AAAAGAAAGGAUAGGUCAGUGAGGUUGAGUCGGUCGCAUAUUGAAAAAGAAAGAGUGGCUUGGCUUGGCUUGGCUCGCGCGGCGUCUCCGAAAUUCAAACGGAUCGAUUUGGUUUUGUUGAUUUGAUCUGGCCGGACAAGGAGAAGCAGAGGAGGAGGAGAGUUCGAGAUCGAGAUCCAUGGCGCUGCUCUGCUUCCUGCUCGACAUGCGGAACAUCCCCCCUCCGCUCCUCCACCUCCUCAAGCAGUGCCUACUCCACCUCGCCAACCUCUACGCCGCCAUCCCCUCCGCCGACCUCCCCGACCGCCUCGCCCUCUGCUACGUCCACCCCGCCGCCUCCUCCUCGCCUCCUCAGCUCAAGGUGGUGUAUAGGCCUGGAGAGAAAUUUAACCUUCGAGACUUCCAUCAUGCUGUCAACAAUUUGCCUCUCGAUGCCUUUCGUCCUAACCAACAUGGAUCUCUACAUACUACUGGAGAUGUGUCAUUAACAAAUCUUUUUAGCAAUCGAGCUAUCUAUUCUUGGGCCACUGAUGAUACCUCCAAAAAAGUGAUUGCUUUAUGUAUGUCUGCACAAAACACACAAGCUCUCCGAAGAUCUCUCAUGGACGCAGCAGAACAGUGUAUUACAGUGGAGUUUGUAUUGCUGGAAACAGGAGCUGCAUUCGUAUGUGAUGGUGUUUCUGAAAAUUCCAAUGGUUUCAUAGACACAAUUUGUGACCUUGAAAACUGUGUGGUACGAAGAUACAGUCCUGAGACUCAAGUUUUGCAUGGAUUAGUCAAGAGGUGGUUAGAAGAGCUAAAGGAUGACAAGGAGGAGGCAUUGCAGGCUGUAUUUGUAUUCAGAGUUCCCAUUAUCAGCACUGUUAAUCAAAUAUCUUGCAGCAUGUAUGCUUCAGCAAAUCACAUCAUUGAUGGUUUUCCAUCAUGUCAGAUAUGCAGGUGCCAUGGUCGCCCUAUUGACCUUGCUAACACAAAUAAGGCAAAAUGGAUGUGCCCAAUAACUAGCCGACAGCUCACAGCUUCUGAUGUUACUGAUACUGCUGUGAAAAUUGGGGAACAGACAGUACUGUUUCUUCCUGACUCAGAAGGCGUUUCAAGCUUGCGACGAGCCUCAUCCUCCAUUUCUUUUGACGUGAUUGAGCGCACCAAUUUAGCCUCACUAAAUGAAGGACUCAUAAUUGGGACGCCUCAUAUUGUGAUUCCCAGCUCUAAUGAUGUUGAGGUUGCUCUUGAUGAUGAGUGCUCAGAUCAGAACACCCAACGUAGGUCUAACGUUUUCUAUGGUCUAUGUGAGACACUUUUCAAGCUUGAUCAGGGACUUGUGUGCUCCUCAAAAUGCAAUACUGAAACGAUGAAGAUAGGAUCCCUUGAGUGUUAUUAUCUUCUCCAACCAUCUGAGAAGGGACCGAUGCUUCUGAGGAGGCUUGCUGGAUCUGAAGAGAUACUGCCUCUCCCAGUUGUGAGUCGACCUUGCAACUCUACCGGUACCAAGGAAGUCCAGAAUUUGAUCGAAACCUCAUUAUCUAAGAUUGUGCUGAAGGAUUACAACCCUCUACAACAUGAGAGAGGUUUUCACUCGAGACUGAAUUGUCUGGUGAAGGAUAGCCUUCAAUUUGGAUCAAUUGCUCCGGCUUGUGGCGCGAAGGAUCCUCAUCAUCUUGAUUCGUUGAGUGAACCACAAAUAUUGACAUUCCGGGGUCCAGAGGAAAACAAGGUGCUGAGGCUGUGUAGGGAGGAGGGUGGAGAUAUCCAAUCGUUCAGCUUCAGCGAGCCACAGGCAGCGUCAAAGGAGAAGGCGUCGCCCAGGCCCAGCAUCACCGAGGAGUGGGAACAGCUUAUCAUCAUCGACGACGACUUCACCAGUGCCGUCACAUGUUCUACUUCUAGGGCCAACCCCAAGCUGCCGUCCCCAGUGAAACCGCUGGGCCUGGACGACAAGACAAGCAGGAUUCUGGAGAGGCUGGAAGCUCCCAGGGCAAAGAAGCAGAGGGCUACCACCAGCACACGCACCGGCAACAGCAACACAACUCCACCACCACCAGCGUCCAGCAUUGGAGCCGGAACACAGAUCAAGAAGCCAUUGCUGCCAUUUGAACCCAGCGCAAGCCAACCUCUGAGACCCACCUUCAACAAGCUCAGGCGGAAGCCCACUGCAGCUACCUAGCUUGCUGCCCUUUUUACUACAGUCCCAUGUAUAGAGACAGGAAGAUAUUAUCACACCUUCUAUCAAAUGUAGAUAUAUAGAUAAGGUCACUAUUACAACCAUUCAGAAAUUUGUGCUCACUAAACUGAUAUCUUCUACAUAGAGGCCAACUCAAGUA